AUGACUGCUGACUUGGUGCUGAACGAGGACGAGCGCGUACAAAAACGCGAGUUGAUCAAAGGAAAUCGCGAGCGCCGCCAUCUAGAGCACCUUCUGUCACGGAUCAAAGGUCCAGCAAUGGAUGAAAGUCAUGUCAAGGAGUUGCGGUUCGAGAUUGACUUGAUCACGAAAUCGUACUGCCAAAAUAUUGACCAGCCACUGAAACCCACACCACAAGGCAUAGAUUCGACCAAAGACAGCCAACUAGCCGAAUUGCUUCGUCCGCUUGUCAGAAGAAGCAGCGAAUUUGCUCAUGUUGUAACAGUUUGGAAUACGCUCCCACUCGUUUGCCAAAUGCAACUUCUGCACCAUACCAUGUUGGAGGUCCAACUGCUCAGAUUCAUUUCAUUCUUUGAUGAAGCUGAGAACUGUUUUCGACCCAAUGCACACACUUCACUCACUCAACAAAACUUACUCGAUACAUUAGUUGUGGAGAUUGAGGAGAAUGAUGAUAUGGAUGAGCUCCGCGAGCUGAUAGUCUCUCUGUUCGUGAUAGCUCGUUCGUUGGCAGCACUACAGCUUGAUGACCGUUUUCUCGCUGUGCUUAGCGCUAUGUUCAUCUUUGACCCAAACAACGUGUCCGAGUCUUCGCAGGUUCCGCUCAUAUCGGCUGCUUCCGCUCGAUUCGACGACAUGCUGCAUGUGCUGAAUGAUGAGGCUAACGAUGGUGUAAGCACAGCGCGAGCGUUUGCGCGACUUAUUAUGACGGCGACAACUUUCCGACGCAUUUGUCGCCGUCUAGCGCAACAUCUCUGCCCUAAAAAUUUCGCACUCUUUGAAAAGUUACUCGGGGUUUAA